AUGUGUUGGGAGAUCUUCUGUUGCUGCUCUAGUCCCACAGAUGAAGGAACUGCUGCGCAAAAGCCGCCGCCGCCUUCAGGACCACCUCCGGGCUCGGCAAUGAAUGGAGUGAGCAGCGACUAUGCGCAAAAGCCGCUGCCGCCGCCGCCGCCUUCGGGACCACGUCCGAGCUCGGAGACGAAUGGAGCGAGCAAACCGCCGGGCGCAAACACGGAGGAACCGCCCAUCGCAGCAACAGCAGCUGCAGCAGGAGGUGACUCCUCAUCUCAGGAAUCCGAUAAGGUCGAUCCCACGAUAAAAGAAGGUAACAAAAAGAGCGAAGAAGUCAAAAAAGGCCUGAAAUCUAGUACUAAGCAGCCAAUCGACAACACAGCAACAGACAAUCUGACAAAGGAAAAGGAACAGCAGGUUAAGGAUGUCAGCUCGGAGAAAAGAGGCCACGACAAAAGCGCAGACCGCAUAUCGCUACAGGAGGGGAAGCCAACAUUUGAGCAUGCCCAUGAAGCAGCAGCAGCAGCAGCAGCAGCAGCAGCGAGCAGUAAGCCCUCCUCUAUUCAGAAAAAUGAGACUGUAGGACUGCAAGCAAAUUCUAGAAGGACCAACCAAGAUCAAGGGAGGCGUGUAUCAACAAGAGGGCCAGGAGAGGCCAUGUACUACCGAUUUCCGAGUGCCAACGGCGUCAGAUCGGAAGCGAGCCCAAUACCCAGAAAAGAUCAACCGAGAAGAAAUUCCCAAAUCUGUUAG